CAAACUGACACACACAAGUCAUUGAUCUUAUCUUUAUCUGUCCUGGCUCAAGCUUAAAAGGAGCUUUUCCUCUUGAUCUCUAUCUCUGUUAUCUGAGCAAGUUUAGUUAGAGAUGAACCAGUGGUGGUAUGAUGAGGGGAGAGCUAUCUUGGCAAUGGUGGUGGUGCAAUCCAUCUAUGCAGGAGUGGCUAUCUUUUCCAAGCAAGCAUUAAGAGAAGGGUUCAAUCCUAGGGUCAUUGUGGUUUACAGACAAGGCAUUGCCUUUCUUGUCUUGUUUCCUGCAUCCAUCCUUCUCAACAGAGGAAAGAUAAACCACUUGGCUUUGGGAGGGAAGGGUUUCACAUUGGUGUUUAUCACUGCUCUCUUUGGUACAACAGUUAGCCAGAACUGCUAUUUCCAAGGUUUACAACUGUCAUCUUCUUCAAUGACAACAGCCAUGCUCAAUCUUAUCCCUGGUGUGACUUUUCUCAUCUCUCUUUUCCUUGGAUUGGAGAAAUUGGAAUUGAGGAGCUUAAGGAGCAUGGCGAAGAUUUUCGGAACUCUGAUAUGCAUAGGAGGAGCAAUGUGCAUGGCUUUGUACAAAGGCUCUGCAAUUCUCCUAUCAUCACCAGAACAAAAUUUGGUAUUAGGAUGCAUCUUUCUCUUCGGAACUGAUAUUUGUUGGUCUCUUUGGCUAAUUUUACAGGGUAUAAUCUGUAAGCGUAAUUAUCUUGAUCCGUUAUCAUUAUCAGUUUGGAUAAGUUUCCUUGCAACAAUCCUAUCAGCCAUCUUCACAUUGUGCAUCGAUCGAAAUUUGAAUAUCUGGAAAAUCAGAACAAGAACUCAACUCAUUGCUUGCUUAUUUGUAGGGAUUUUCGGAUCUGGUACUACAUUUUAUCUGCAAGCAUGGACAAUUGAAAGAAGAGGUGCUCUUUUUUCUGCACUCUUUAAUCCUCUUGCAACUAUCAUUGCUACCACCAUCACCUUCUUGAUCCUUCACGAAAAUCUUUACGUCGGAAGUUUGGUUGGUGCUUUUGUUGUGAUUGUUGGAUUAUACAUAGUUCUGUGGGGAAAAGCUGAGGAUUAUGGAACAAAAACAAAGCUUGAUCAAAAGGAUGAUUCAAUAGAACAAGUUGAUGGUCAAAGUGAUUUGCAUGAGCCUUUACUGCCUGGUACUAGAGAAGUGGAUGUUUAAAGUAAACUAUUUAUGGUAAAAGCUUUUAUGUAUUUAUGGUCAAAGUGAUUUGCAUGAGCCUUUACCGCCAAUUAUGAUGUAUUGGAUAUGUGCUCUGUUUGAACUUUUUCAA